GGUCUCCAUAAGCCCUUGAUAGGUAGAGCAAGAUAAAGAGUUAAGAGAAAGAGAGAUAGAGAUAGAGAGGGGAAAAAGUUGAAAAAAUGGUGCAAGAGGGAAUCCGAAAGGGUCCAUGGACAGAACAGGAGGACUUCAAAUUGAACAUCUUUGUGGGCUUGUUUGGAGAUCGACGAUGGGAUUUUAUAGCUAAAGUUUCAGGUUUGAAGGUGGCGGGAGACAAAUAAUAGGUAUGCUUAUUUGGAUAUGGGGGAUUGUGGGAGGAGCUGCCUUUAACCACCUCAUUUUGUGUAGGUUUGAACAGAACAGGUAAAAGUUGCAGGUUACGAUGGGUGAAUUACCUUCACCCUGGUCUCAAACGAGGCAAGAUGACACCUCAAGAAGAGCGCCUUGUGCUGGAACUUCAUUCCAAAUGGGGAAACAGAUGGUCAAGAAUUGCCCGCAAAUUACCAGGGCGUACCGACAACGAGAUUAAGAAUUAUUGGAGAACUCAUACGAGGAAAAAGGCUCAAGAGAAGAAACAAGCUACCUCUCCAUCAUCAUCAUCUUCCAACUGUUGUUCGUCAUCAGCGAGCAAUCCCACUGUGGAUUCAUUGCCCUUCCCAGAGACAGGAGAAGAGAGCUUUUCUGACACAGGAGGUCCAGACACAAUAGCUGCGGCAGAAAAGCAGAUGGAAGAAGAGCAAGCAGGUGAAAAGGGAUACUCCAUGGAUGACAUAUGGAAAGAUAUCGCUCUGGCAGAAGAGAACUAUAUAAAACCAGUCCAGGAUAGCUUUAGUGUAGAAGGUAAUUUCUCUUGUCCUCCUUUGGCUUCUCCAUCAUUGGAGUACUGUUUGGACUCGCUAUGGAGGGUGGAUGAAGAAGAGAGUAAGAUGUUGCUGCCCAUGAGUGAUCAAUGUUUUCCGUUCUACGGAUAUGGGGGAGCAUCUAUAACAGGCUAAUCACAAUUUUAUUUAUUAAAAUUUGUUUAUAAAUGUAAUAUUGUCCUAAGGAAGCUCUAACCUGUAUAGUGUGGGUUUUCUCUAAGCUUUCUGAUUCAGUUCUGCAUCACUUCAAAUCACUGUAAUCAUCUCAUGCAUGACAGUAGUCUAUCCCUGUGUUUUGUGUGUUUUCACUUUUCAGAGAGGAAGAGAUAAUCUCAUCAAAAUCUCCCAUAAGGAGGUUGGUAAGUUCAUGGAUGUAAUGUAUAAUACGCCUUGUAACUUUUCAAUAAAGCUGGUACCGUUUAAUGUU